GGUGUCGUGGCGUUACGCCCGAGGAGUGAUCAGCUCUGACGACUCUCUGUUCGCUCACUGGGUUGCUCCUCUGCUGGACCGAGUCGUUCUGGACCCCGUCAGGGAGGAGGACGCAGGUACUUACCGCUGUGUCGUGCAGGAUGCCAGCUUCCGCAGGGUGAAGAGGGUUUACUGGGGGAUCCGGGUUUUGCCUGAGGGGAUUAUCAAUCUGGAUUACAAGAGCUCUCUGGCCCAGUGGGACUCUACUGGAAUCCAGCAGAACCAGACCAUGUCAGACCGGCAAGACCACAUAGCAGCUCUUCUUUACACAGUGCUAAAAAGUUUGGGCAUGGCGGGCAUUGCGGCUGCACUGGUGCUGCUGGUCCUCUACUGGGCAGUGAAGAGGAGGGAGCUCAG